GGGAUAUCAAUGUAAGUAACAGCAAACAAAGGCGAGUCAACGAUGGUUUAGUUAGACUGUUCAUUGUUAGCAUGGCCACUCAUUUUUGAGCCAUUGCUAUCUCUGUAUUUCAACAGAUCUGAGCUCAGUUCUCUUCCCAUCAUUUUUCAGUUAUUUUGCUUUGUGGUCACCAAACAGUGCACUAGCAAAACACAACAUGGAAAGAAGAAACAAUAGAACAAGGGCGAGCCAUGGGAUUGAGAGGGAAGACCAUGCUUCAACUGAUGAUAUUCAUGAAGAUCCUGACAUCCCAUUGUUUAAUUCCAUUAGAGAGAUGAUAGAUGACCUGCCUCCAGUAUCAAAUGAUUGUUGUAUCUUCAGAGUUCCCAAGAGAAUUCGUGAAACAAACGAAAAGGCUUACACACCUCAGGUGGUUUCCAUUGGUCCCCUUCAUCAUGGCGAAGAACACUUACAAGCCAUGGAACGACAUAAACCGAGAUACUUACAGUCAUUCCUCAAUCACACUGAUCGCGUGAACUUGAAGAGUUGUAUAAGAGUGGUAAAGGAGUGGGAACAGAUAUCCCGGAGUUAUUAUGAAGAAACCAGUGAGCUCGACAGUGAUGAUUUUGUGAAAAUGAUUCUUCUGGAUAGUAGUUUCAUCAUUGAGGUCUUGUGGAGGUUCUUAUUUAAUCACACUUUGGAAGAACCAAUGGAUUACUUAGAUAGGCAAAUUCGGAUAAAUGAUCUAUGCAACGACAUGAUCUUAAUCGAAAAUCAACUUCCAUUUUUUGUUGUCGAAGGUCUCUUCAAUCUAGCCUUCCCAGCCAUCAGCACUAGUACUCAACCGGAAUUUUCCUUCCUCAUGCUUUCCAUCAUUUAUUUUGCAAAUUUUGGUAUUGUGAGAGACAUCAAACAGUCAUUUUCAAGUACUGGAGUAAAGCAUUUUGUUGAUCUGCUAAGGUUAUGUCACUUACCAUCAAAUCUAAGGGCAACAGCUUCAAAUAGCGUCAACUAUUUGCCAGUACGUACUGCAACAGAGCUUCGCGACGCAGGAAUUAAGUUUAAGAAGGGCAAAAGCAAUUGCUUGCUUGAUAUAAAGCAUGCCAUGAAAGUACUGGAAAUCCCACAGUUGAUCUUAUCUAAUUGGACAGAACCUUUACUCAGAAACCUCACGGUACUGGAGCAAUUUUAUUAUCCAUAUGAUAGUUACAUAAUUGAUUAUAUUCAUUUCAUGGACAACCUGAUUGACACUGCUAAAGAUGCGGAUUUACUCAUCCAAAAUGGAAUUUUUGAGAACUAUAUAGGCGACAGCACUACAGUGGCGGCUCUCUUCAAUAAUUUCACCAACGAAGUGCUUGUUUGGGGACCCAACUACUACUUUUAUGGUAUAAGUGAAAAACUGAAUCGAUAUUGCAAGGAUCCAAGGCACAAGUGGAAGGCGACAUUUAAACGCGAUUAUUUCAGCACUCCAUGGAGAACGGCUUCUACUAUCGCUGCAAUUAUCCUGAUCGCACUCACUAUUAUACAAACUGUGUGUUCCGUACUCUCCCUUUAGCUCAAAAAUACUUGUGUAAUUCCGGUAUGCAUUGUACUAGUUUUAAUUUCCCUCACCAGUUCUAACAAAUUGUGUAGCUUUCAAGCUUAACCAACCAGAAUUUGAUCUUAAGAACAAUGCUGGUAUUUUUAUGUUGGCAUUAGUAUUUCAUUUGGGAGGAAAAUUCAGAGCACCUAGCUCUUUAAUGGGGCU